AUGGCUUCAGCUUCAUCAAAUAUUUCAAGCAUUAAAGCCUUUGCAGAAUCAAACGGAGCCUCUCCUAUCCCUUCCAAUUACCACUCCUUUACAGAUAUUGAUCAUGUUGCAGUUGCAGAUGAACUUGCAGCUUCCAUUCCAGUCAUUGAUUUUUCUCUCCUCACUUCAGACGAUUCUCAAAUCCAUACCAAAACUGUUCAUGAACUCGCCAAAGCGUGCGCUGAAUGGGGCUUCUUCAUGCUCAUAAACCAUGGAGUUCCAGAGAGUCUAAUGGAAGAGUUGAUGAAAAAAUCUCAAGAGUUUCAUGAUUUGCCAGUGGAAGAAAAGAUGGAGUUUCACGACAAUGGAGAUCCUUUCUCACCUAUCAGGCAUGGGACUAGCUUUCAUCCUCCAGCAGAGAAUGUUCAUUAUUGGAGAGAUUUUCUCAAAGCUUUAACAUCUCCCCAAUUCAAUUUCCCCAACAAACCACCAGGUUACAGGGAGGCUGGGUUUGAGUACAGCCGAAAAAUUAAUGAUGUUGCAAGGAAACUUAUUCAAGGAAUCUCAGAGAGUUUAGGAUUAGAAUCCAAUUCCAUAAUUGAUUCCUCUGGUUUUGAUUCUGGCUUACAAAUCUUUGCUGUGAACUUAUACCCUCCAUGUCCACAACCACACCUUGCUCUUGGCUUGCCUUCACAUUCUGAUGUUGGUUUCUUAACCUUCCUCAUUCAAAAUGGAAUAGGAGGACUUCAAGUUAAACACGAGGGCAAAUGGGUCAAUGUCAAUCCCAUUUCCAAUUCUCUAGUUGUAAAUAUUGGAGAUCAACUUGAGGCUGUGAGUAAUGGGAAGUAUUCAAGUGCAUUACAUCGCGCAAUCUUGAACAACAAGGACACUAGGGUCAGUGUUGUGGUGGUGAAUGGACCUGCACUAGAUAACGAAAUUGGACCUGCUCCUAAACUAUUGGAGAAAGAGAGGCCAUUGUUUAAAAGUAUAAAGUAUCGUGAUUAUUUUCUUGUUCAGCAGAAGUCACGAUUGGCCGAUGGAAGGGCAUUGGACCAGAUUAGGUAUAGUGCUUAA